AUGGAGGCUGAUAAAGGUAACCCCCAAAACAAGGACGAACAAAACGAAAAGGAAACUUGGAAUGAUGAAGAGAAAGAUUCAGUUAAAAGAGAUUUAUCGAAUACAUCCUCCUCUCCUGCAUCAUCUAACGAGUCGUCGUCAUCAGAAAUAAUCCAGUCUUCUGAUAUGGAUGUAUGUCAACCAUAUCCAACGUCAAGUAGUUCAUCCGGUUAUUCUGACAGGCAGAGUUCGUUGUCGGACGCUGGAAGGUCCAGAGAUGACAUUGAUGAAAAAGAAAACUGCAUUCCACUUAUGAAUGGACCCAUAACGUUGUCGAUGACCGAAGCAAAGCUAUGGUACAAGUUUUUGAAAGUUGGGACGGAAAUGAUCAUCAACAGAAGUGGAAGGAGAAUGUUUCCAUAUAUCGAGUUCUCCUUGAGAGGUGUAGAUCCUGUUGGAUUAUAUGACGUCAUCUUUGACAUCAUUCCAGCUAGCAAUAAAAGCUUCAAGUUUCUUAGCAACAAAUGGAUUCCGAUAGGGAAGAAAGAAGAAGAAUUCAAGAAUUAUCCAUUCAAGCACCCAGACUCUCCUCGGAUUGGAUCGGACUGGAUGACUCGAAAGAUUUCCUUCGAAAAAGUAAAACUGUCGAACAAACCUGGCACAAAGGCUGGAAUGUUUACACUGCAUACAUUUCAAAAAUACUUGGUACGUAUUUCCAUCGUCAGACAUGAAAGAGAUGAUGAGAUAUCUGUUGUCGAAUUUCCUAUACGAGCCACAACUUUCAUAGCAGUCACCGCCUACAACAAUAGAGACGUGACGAAGCUCAAGAUCAACAGUAAUCCCUAUUCAAAGGGAUUCCGUUUUCCUGUGAAAAGACUAAAAAAUCAUGCCUUUGAAAGUGUGGAUGCUAAGGAGCAAAGAUUAACGACACUUGAGGAUUCCAUGAAAAGCACAGUGUAUAAUCACCUCAGGAAAGAGAUUCAAGCUUUUCCACAAUUUCCACUGGAUUUGUCCAUCAACAAAGACAGUCAAAAAACAAAUCACGUCUCUGCUUCCGAAGACAUUCCCGUAAAUGACAAAGAAAUACAAACAGAUAUAACAAUGGUAGAAAUGGCUGCCUAUUGCUGCUUUCAUGCAUAUUUAAACGCGCAGAUACAGACUGGUAUGGCUAUGCCACCGUUCUACAAUUUCUAUCCACACUUCCCGAGAUGUCCAUGGGAACAAGCAAUAACGGGCCUUCAGAGUUCUGCUGCAUUUUCUAAGUCACAUUACAUUAUCAACUUUUCUUUGAGGCUCAAAAUAGUGAAGCCAGGUCUCAUCACUUGUUAA